AAAAAAUGGCAGCGCUUGCGUUUCAAGUGCCCUACAGUACGUGCUUCUGGGCACAACCGUGCUUCCGGGCACGACCAAAAGGGCGCAAUGGCACGUGCAACAAGGAAGAAGUGCCAGAAGCUCGCAGAGCCAAGCGGAGUUCUAUGUUGAGAAAUACCUUGGUGGUGAUACCUUGGAUCUUGUACAAAUCAAGGAUGCGCAGUCGCGUAGGGUGCCGAGGAAAGCCAUUUGAGGUCCAUGACUUUGGUGACAAAGGCAUGGGUGUUGUGGCAGCUCGAGAUAUUCAAAAAGGUGAGUUGCUUCUUCGCGAGCAGCCCCUUUUUCUGGUAAGCCAGUGCAGGGAUUCAAGACAGCUUGAUGCAUGGGAAAACGAGAUCAACGCUGCAUUGAGAAAACUGCCCGAGCAUGACUUGCAAUCCUUCUGGAACUUGGCAGAUUGCCAUACAGACGAGAAGUCGGUUGUGGGCAUAGUGCGGACGAAUGGAUUGCCAGUUGAGACUGCGGAGGGUGACAUGGUUGGAGUUUAUCCUACUGUGUCCCGCUUCAACCAUAGCUGUAACAACAACGUCAAUAACAGCUAUCAAGAAGAAUACGGUGAAGUGCUGCAUGCCAUCCGUGAUGUGGCAAAGGGAGAAGAACUUUGCAUAACAUACAUCGAUCUCUUCAUGACCAGGCAGGAGCGGCAAGAUGCAUUACGCAGGACUUUCAACUUCAAGUGUGCUUGCCCAACGUGUUUGCAGACAGGGCAGGCCCUACUCCGCAGCAACAAAGUGCGUCAGCGACUGCAAGAUUUGCGCUCUGCACUUCCCAGUGCGGUGCCACAACGUUUGGGACCACGGGUGCUGGAGAAGAUUGCUGAGCAUAUCGAUGAGGAGCUUGGAGGAAAUGCUGCGGCCAAGGCCUAUGCGUAUCACAUGGGCUCCCAGCUACUCAGAGACAUUGGGCAAUCUGAAGGAGACUUAGAGUUGCAACAGCAAGCAACCACCUUCGCCGAGAAGGCGUUGGCCGAAGUUGUGGUCGCAGAAGGCCCUGAAUCAUGGGUCAGCGUAAUGCUUCGAGAGUCGGUUCCAAAAGCUGCCCAGACACGAGGCCAUUCUGCUAAAGCCUAG